GCGACACAAUCGUUACUAACGCUAGUGAAUAUUAACUAUUGUGCCAUAACCUGUUAAUGGUUUAAAGUAGCUCGUGGUUAUUUCGAACAUUUAACAAACAUGUCGACGCUCAGCCAUCACCCGUACGCGUUUUCGAUGCACCCGGGGAUGCUGCCGGAUUACCCGAGUGCACCGCAGCCGCUGCCGGCGUCCUCGCCACAGUCCGAGGGUCACAUUAAAAGACCGAUGAACGCGUUUAUGGUCUGGUCGAGGCUGCAACGCCGGCAGAUCGCCAAGGACAAUCCGAAGAUGCACAACUCCGAAAUUUCAAAGCGCCUGGGGGCAGAGUGGAAGCUCCUGUCCGAGAUGCAGAAGAGACCGUUCAUCGACGAGGCGAAGAGGCUCCGGGCGCUGCACAUGAAGGAGCACCCGGACUACAAGUACCGGCCCCGCAGGAAGCCCAAGCCGCCCACGGCCGGCGGCGCUCCCGGUGCCGGCGCGUUCCCGAGCUUCCCACUGCCGUACUUCGCCGGCCCGGCCCCCGGAGUCGGCCCGCUGGACGCCCUGUCCUACUCGGCGGUGCCCCCGUACUUCCCGCACCAAUUAGACCAUCUGCAGUUUUCGAAGUUGAUGGCCCCGUCGGCGGAGAAGUUGCCGACGGCGUCGUCCGCCGCGGCCGUAGUGUCCUCGUUCUACUCGUCGCUGUACACGACCCCCACGGCGCCCCCCAAGCCGUUCUCGUCGCAUCUGUUCCCGCAGUACGGCGCGGCGCCUUCCUCGCCGGUGUCCCCGGUGACGCCGACGCAGCACAGUCCUCAUGACGAUCAGCUGAGGCGGCCGGUGUCCGUUAUAUAUUGAAGGCCGUCCUGCCUUCCUUGAAGGACGGGACUUUUGAGGUUCGGAACGAGGAACAGUGAGAUUUGUGAAGAUUUUGUGCCCGCCGCGGUUUCGAAGAUAGUGAAUUACCCGCUGAACGAUUGUUUUAUUGUUUUAGAAUUACUCUUAUUUUGUGCUCAUGUGGUUCUGUAUAUAAUAUGUUGAGAGUAAUCGUAGGCUGGUUCCUAGACUAACGUUUCAUUUCAUUUACUGUGAUUUUGUUUUACGCGUCUUCAUAUAGAUGAAAUUUUAGUUGUGUUAAGUGAGAACGGUACCAAAAAGAGAUUAUAAAAUAGAACACUGUCUAGCUGUAGGACUUGUAUCGAGUAGACUUCACUUUUUGUUGUUGAGGCGACGAAAUAUUUUGUUAAGUUUGAUCCGUUCGAGCCGGGUGCGUCUCGCUCCGAUUACGUUUAUUUAUUUAUUGACACUAGGAAUAGAGAUAUUGUAAAUUAGUUGUUUAUUUUAGGUGUAAGAAAUAAAAAUGCAUCCGAACUGUAAAUAUUAGAUAUAAAUCAAAAUUGAUGUCAUUACCAACGAUGUAUUAUAGAAAUAAACGAGAAA